GCUCAGCUCGCUUUGUGCAUGGGGCUGCCUCAUAAUCCGUCCCACUGGCCAAAUAUUCGACCCUUAGAGGCAGAAUUCCGACGGCGGCUCUGGAUUACACUAUAUUACAUAAAUUCCUUCACGAGCACCCAACUUGGCCUUCCACAUAUCUAUCAUCAAGGAUUCUCAAUGUGACGCACGCCCGCCCGCAAAUUUGUUCGAUAAUGACCUGAGCUUCGAGCAUGAUAGAGUUCCACCCAGGCGCCCAUUGACUGACCCUACCUCACUCUCGCACAUUAUUUAACGAUACGUCAUUAUCGAGACAGCGGCGAAGAUAUAUGACGUGGGUGAAGCAGGGCCACCGUCAUUCGCCGUCAUUGCCAUACUAGAUGCUAAACUUGAAAGGGCCAUCGAUUCCAUACCGGGACAGUCAAAGUGUCGGUCGCUUGAGACA